AAUUUGGGGUAAUCCGUUAUUGGAUCCUAAUUUUUACUCAGAUCCUCAAGAUAUAAAGGCUUUAGUGGAGGGGAUUAAGUUCACCAACAAGUUUACAGAGACCCAGGCUUUUAAGUCUAGUGGUAUGAAGGUGGUACAAACUUCAACACCAGAAUGUCAAAAUCUUUUAUCGGAUGAAAUGCAGUACUAUGAAUGCGUUGCCAGAAAACAUUUUAUAUCUGUUUACCACCCAGUUGGAACAUGUAAAAUGGGCCCAGCCAGUGAUCCUAGAGCAGUGGUGGAUUCAAGGCUGAAAGUGUAUGGUAUUGAAGGACUGAGAGUGAUCGAUGCUUCCAUCAUGCCUAUUGUGACAAGAGCAAACACUAACGCACCUUCAAUCAUGAUAGGGGAAAAGGGAAGCGAUUUAAUUAAGAAAGAUUGGUUGUCAGAAAAUAAUGACUGUAAGGACCAUUUUUGUAAUAUUGGUAAAUAG